GCACCAACUCCAACUGCCCUUCCUUCCUUCACUAGCAAACAAGCCUUUCCGCUCGUCCUCUCCCCACACCCACCUGCCUCCCUCGCACGGCCGCACCCGCCCCACCGCGAGAAGCAUCAAAGCUCGCAAUGCCGGAGGAGAAGGAGUACGUGGCCGUGCCCGUCGGCCAGGCGCCGGAGGCCGCAGACCCCGAGGACCCCGUCAAGUCGCCGCCGCGGCCCAGCUCGCCGGCCACCUCCACCCGCAAGGCAUGCUUUGCUGUUCUUCAAAGCUGGGUGUCAAGAAAAUUUAUGACUGGAUGUGUAGUUAUUUUCCCUAUUGCUGUUACAUUCUUCAUUACAUGGUGGUUUAUUCGAUUUUUUGAUGGCUUCUUCAGUCCACUCUAUGCAAAACUUGGAGUCGACAUAUUUGGCCUUGGGUUUGUGACUUCCUUGGUAUUCAUAUUUAUUGUUGGAAUUUUUGUGUCUUCAUGGGUGGGCUCAACUGUCUUCUGGGUUGGAGAAUGGUUUAUAAAGAAGAUGCCAUUUGUAAGGCACAUAUAUUCAGCAUCAAAGCAAGUGAGCACUGCUGUUUCACCAGAUCAAAAUACAGCAGCAUUUAAAGAGGUGGCGAUAAUUAGCCAUCCCCGGGUUGGUGAAUACGCGUUUGGAUUCAUAACAUCGACCAUGAUUCUUCAGACUGACAAAGGUGAUGAAGAGCUUUGUAGUGUCUAUGUGCCAACCAACCAUCUAUAUAUUGGUGAUAUCUUUCUUGUGAACUCUGAGGAAAUUAUAAGGCCCAACCUGUCCAUUCGAGAAGGAAUAGAAAUAAUUGUUUCUGGAGGAAUGACCAUGCCACAGGUGAUUACAUCGCUAGGGCCAGCCCCUCAUAAGAUCCAGAGUACGCGGUUAAACAGAAUGAUGACUGCAUGAGACUUAAAAACAAUAUCAGCCUUUGUAGGUUUUGCCAACAGUUGCAGGAGAGGCAAAGUCGUGAACCAUGCUCUGCAUGUUAUGUAUAAUCUGUAAAUUAGAAGCUGGAACGACACAAAGACUGAUGAAACAAUAAGCCUUUGUAGAUUAUUAGGUGUGUCAGAAAUCAAAAGUGGGUGUUGACAAUCAUCGUGCACCGCACCCUUUUUCUUACUUGUGGUGGUUUGCUUAGAUAAUUAGAAUGGUCUUGUCAGUUCUUAUACACGCUGCACACGCACCAAAUGUAUUCCAGUGUUUAGCUCUUACUCGCAUUAGAUCACUAC